GAUAUCAUAUGUAUUGUUAACCUACAGCAUAAUUGUAUCGACUCACAAUGCACGGACACCCUCCAACAACAUGUCCAUCAAGAACGGAUCGAAACAUCUCGGACGAAGCCCAUUAUUCGCCAUAAGUCCACUCCGAACUUUCUUCUCAAUGCCUACUCUCUUCAUAACUACACAUACAUCCAUCUCGUGGUUUCCAAAACGCUUCGUGAAACACCACUAAGAGUUACAAAUGUGGCGGAAGUUCGAGCCACAGCUGUACAACAUAUGAAGGAGAAGAAA